GGUUCACCCUGAGCUCUUCCGGAUGUGGAUAACCCACAUUUCCUCCUGCCGACAAGCAUUCCUGAGAAAACAUCCUGGAUAACGCGCUGAGCUGCGUAUUAGCGGAAAACUACGAGCGAGACAGACCACACUAAACCCCGCGCUAAAACCGAGCAGAUACUGGCAACAUACAGGAGAUUGUUCAUGAGCGACUGUGGGAACGGUUGGAUAUGUGAGAUGUCAGGGAAAAUGCAUAUGCCUGUGAUUUUCCAGCAUCAUCAUUCGUUAGCCAGCUGUUACUCACAAUUCGAGUUAUAGAGCACGAAUAUUCCUAUAUUGACUCUUUCGAUCACAAGACAACGAAAACCUGUCGCAUUUUAAACAGUAUGUGGUCGUAUUGUUUUGCCAUAGCUCUUAUUGUUAUUUCACAGGAGGUUAGCGGAGAGCCACAUACGCUUCCAUCCCCAGCAACACCAUCGCGACUGAAUUCAACAUCAUCGCCUCCAGAGGACUUUUCAUCAUAUAACGCUACAGAUACAACUAUUGGAUCUCGCAUUUCUACAAUUUUAAGGGAUCUUCCUACCAUCAAAGCAGUAUCGAUUUUCAUCUGCGUAUCAACAGUAUUGCUUAUCACGUGCCUUGUCGUGAAAAUAUGCAGGUCUGGAAAGAAGAUGAGAAAAACGCGAAAAUAUGACAUCAUCACAACGCCUGCCGAGCGCGUGGAAAUGGCGCCUUUAAAUGAAGAAAACGAUGAGGAUGACGACUCAACCCUGUUUGACGUCAAAUACAGGUGAAUUGCAUUGCGUUUUCAGAGGCAUUGUUGAAGAACACCCACUGGAUACCCCUGCAUGAGCACAUCUAUGCUGAAAAUGUGUUCCCUGCGCCCUUAAUUUGAUAAUUUUCCCAGUGCCUAUAACCAACUAGUUGUUAAAUGACAUCAAACAUCUUUUUUGGCACAUUAAUUGGUCCUGAGAUUUCAAACCUUCAUUUGAGUGUGAAAUCUAUUGUUUAUUUCUUUCCUUUAAAUUAUUCCUAUAUACAAUUAAAGCACAGUUUUUCUUUACCCCCCCCCCCCCCAAAAAAAAAAAAACAUUCCAGUGUUUUGUAGUCCUUUUUAUUAUUGCCCUUGAUUGAUGCAUUUUAAACACUUUUCAUAUUCACAUCUGUGUUGUGUUGUAUAGAAGCCGUAGAAUAGCAGUCAAAAUAUGUUGGACUUGGACGUUUGACAAAACGUCAAUCUCAAAUGUAAGGUUUAUUGCAUUUUUAUUUAACGUGAUUUAGCUGUGCUUAAAUCAACUCAAAGUUUAAAAUCAACAAAGAUCAUACACGUAUAUUGAAGUCUCUGUGAUAGAAUAGAUAGGAUCUGAUUACUGAUGUUGUUAAGCAGAUAUGUUUGUUCCAAUACUGAAACUUUUUUUUUCAGUGUGUUCUAUUAUCUGUAUAUAUUGUAUGCAAAUUAUUCCUCUGAAAUAGUUUAUUUUUAGAAGAAAAAACAUAUAUUGAUCUAAUAAGAGUGAUUCAAACCUAUAUUUUAAGAAUAUUAUGUAUCUACUAACCACUAAUUGUGCAUAUUUACUGUAUAAGGGUUGAAUGUAGGACUGAGAGAAGAAGUGUGUGAGGUUGGGAGAAUAUUGUUGCCGUAUUGCUGCUGUAUGCACACCCCCUUUUUACAGUGGAAAACUGUAGUACCACAUCAGAUGAAGGGUUAAACGUGUAUUCUGCUGUUAUCAUAUGAAAUUAAAUAUGUUAGAUUUCUGCUUAGAACCGUAGCUUUAAAAUGUUUUGAAGCUACAAUGGUAUAUUUAUAAUAAUAUUAUAUAACUUUCCUAUAACCCCACUGUGACUUUAUUAAUAUGUUCCUAUAUAAAGUGUAAGUGACUGAUGUCCGAGAUUAAGGGCCAAUAAGAAUGUUUAAUGAAUUUUAAUUUAUUUGUCAUAAUUGUUCUUGUCUGCAAGCUUAUGCGCUAUAAUGAAGUAUCUGAUUGGAAAAAGACAUUUUCUUUCUGUUCUUUGUCAGCAUGUUUUCAAUUGUUGAAUACAUUUCAUACCCAUAAGAAAUAAUGUAGUGUAAUUUAACACUAUUCAGCAGUAAGGAAAUAAGUAUUGAAAAUGAGCUUUGCCCAUUAUUAAGUAUUAAAAGGGAUGGUUCUCCCAAAAAUGAAAAUUCUGUAACUCACCCUUAUGUUUUGCUAAACCUGUUUCUUUACUCUGUUGAAAAAAGACAUUUUGAUAGAUGAUGGUAAACACAUUUUUGAACGGUAGCCAUUGACUUCCAUAAUAGAAGAAACAAAUAACUGUGUGAUUACCAUCAUUUAUGAGAAUAUAUUUUGUUCUCAUCAGAAAAAAUAAAUUGAUACAGGUUCAGGACAACAUGAGGGUGAGUUACAGAAUUACUAUUUUCGGGUAAACUAUUCCUUUAAAUGCUAAAGAUUGUGUUUUGUAAAGCUGCACUUUUAGGAAGUUAUUUCUGUACUUUAAGUUGUUUCUUUUUUGACACUUGCAAUAAUGAAACAUUUCAAAAUAUAUUGCUAAAACAUC